AUGGAUUCGCGCACCGCAAUUUCGAUGGAUAAUGCCGAAAGUAACAGUCACUUAUUCCUUUCCGAUGAAAAAAAGGGAGUCAGCCAAAAAAUCAGCGCCCCCGAUUACUACCCCGGCAGGAGGGAGGACCGAUUUAGGUUCGCGCCGGGCCGCAGCUACGGCUACGCGCACGGGCACGGCUACGGGCACGACUACAGCUACAACUACAGCUACGGCAACCGCUACGAUCACAGCCAUGGCAACCGCUACGACCACAGCUAUGGCCAGGCCCACAAACACGACGUGUCCCCCCCGCCCGUCGGAGUCACCCUUCCAACCGGCGCCAGCGGAAGGAGUGUCGAUUUGAAGAGCGGGAAAAACAGGUUCGACUCGUUUGAAGCCCCCCAAAGUUACUGUCACGUUAACGGAGAGAAUGCAAAGCUUUGUGGUAACGUCGAGACGUUGUUAGAUGUGGGACCGUGUGAAGACGACCCGAGGAAGGGCGAACCUGAAAUUUUUCCGAACCCCCAUGGCACCAGUUUGCACAGCGCAGAGCACGAUUCGCAGGUAGCUACGCACCAUCAUAUAUGCCACAGUGGGGGGUACGCGGAGGAGGUGGAGAUGGUGAACCGGAGGAAUCGCGAAGAGCUCACAGAACUGGGGCCGCUAGACGAACGGGCAAAUCUCACAGAACUGGGGCGGCUAGACGAACGGGCAAAUCUCACAGAACUGGGGCGGCUAGACGAACGGGCAAAUCUCACAGAACUGGGGCGGCUAGACGAACCAGAGGAGGAGGAAAUCUUCCAAAGGGCAACUAUUACCCACAAGGCGCAUGACCUGAGUGGGAACGGAGCCAUCUACCCCAAAGAGUACAAAGGGAACAACGAAAAAGGGAGACAAAAUAAUGCUAACAGCCAAAUUAUUAAAGACAUCAGAAGAAGCAAAUCAAAUUAUAGCUUCAGAAACAUAGUCAUCACGAAUGUCUUUUUGGGAAACAUCCCACCGAAUAUAACAGAGGAGAGGAUAAAGAACGUGUUGGAAAUUUUUGGCUACAUAAUCCACAUAGAGUACAAAUGGUCCAUCGACAAGUGGUCCUACGCAUUUGUCUAUUUCGUGGACGAGAAAUGUGCAAUAAAUGCGGUGAACAUUUUGAAUCAAAAGAAAUUUUUUGACAACUCGCCAAACCACAAGUUGAUAUGCUUCAUCGUUUCGAAGCAGAUUCCGAACCAGAACACGCUGCACUACAGCAAGGCCAACUUUUCCCUCCUCAAGGACGGGCCUCCGGGCGCGAACCUCUUCCUGUACGGAAUCCCCCUCAAGUGGACCGAGCUGAACCUCAUCCAACUGGUUAACAAGUACGGCCACGUCGUGGGCCUCAGGAUCCCAUACAUAAACAACGAGCAGGACAAGAAGCAGGGGAAUAGGGGCUUCGGCUUUGUGUCGUACGACAACAAGAAGUCCGCCAUUGAGGCCUUUGAGGAGCUCUCCAAAAUGUACAUCCACGGGAAGCUGCUGAAGGUGCAGCUGAAGAAUGGCGAGGAGCAUUUGCUGCCGCCCAAGCUGAAGAGCAUGUACAGCGCGGGUGGGGGCGGCCACAUCAACCCAUGCGGCAACCCCAUCGGGGGAGUUAACUCCAACGGGGGUAUAAACACCAAUGUGGGCAUUAACCCCAACCGGGGCAUAAACACCAAUGUGAACAUGCACACAGAUGUCAGCAUGAACGCCAACCCCAGUGUGAACGCCCAGGGGAACCAAGGCAAAGCGAAGGACCCGAACAGCGCCAAAACGGCGCAGAGCCUCGUGAGCACCACCGACACGCUGAAAACGCUCAACUCGGUCAAUUCUGCGGAUGCGCCGAAGAAACUGAGGAGCAACUUCCCUAGCAGUAGCAGCAGCGUUAAUGGAGGCAGCGCCAAUGGGGGAAGCGUUAAUGGAGGCAGCGCCAAUGGAGGUAGCGCCAAUGGAGGUAGCGCCAACGGGGGCAGUGCCAACGGGGGCAGUGCCAACUGCAGCGGCAGCAGUCAGGGCGCCAACUUCAUGACGGGCAAGAACAUGCUAGCCGAACUCGUGUGUAACGGCACGGAACACCACAUGCAACACAUUUCUACAUCGGACCCGAACGCCCCUGUGGAGUUGCUACCAAAUGGCGCAGGUAGCAACACCAUGCCAUUGAGGAGCUCCCAUGGGAGGUUGGUCAAGCAAUUUUCAGACAAUUAUUAUAAUAAGUAUCACACGACAAGCAAGAGGAUGAACAAUUACAUGCACAGCUUUCACCAUUCGAGCACCCUGGGCAGCAACGUAGUUCCUUCUUCCUACCCACUGGAACCGCUGCGCGCUUUACAUAAGACGAGCGACGUAGUGGAUGUGUUUCGAGGCACCGGUGUAAGUAGCAACACCCGUUUGUAUUAUACCCAGAAGAGCGAAAGUGGGAGCUCUUUUGGGGGCGCACUUGGAAGCCUCACCGGGGGGCUGAGUAGCGAUGAGAAUGGAAGCGAGCCUGAGAGUGGGAGCCCCAUCCAGUACAGAGCAACGAGCAAGUACCCCCAUAGUAUGGAAGGUGCAGCUCUGGAAAUGAAUCCGAAGAAUGAAACCACUCCGUAUGACUAUGCAGAUGAUCGUUUUGAUCACUUCCUUAGUGACCACGUCGGUAGCAACGAUAGGGAGGCGGACAGGGGAGAGCUUCUUCAUCCCGGGGGAAUGACGCGAACGUUUCAUAUGCCAGCAGAACCAAAGGCCAGAGGAAUAAACACGAAACUGUAUUAUCACCCGAACAAAGUAGGAGGGCAGAAGUUCCCAAUGAAUGGGAGUCCGACCGGCUCGUACAACUGUGGCCGAUUUGGGGAAGAGACAAGUGUUGACAGAGUGCAGGCGUCCAGAUUGAAUCAUCUGAAGAGUAAGAUUUAUGUGCAUCAGAGGAAGAACCUGUUUUGCAGCCCCAGUGUGGAGGGAAGGACGGGCGUGAACACGUACAGUCAGCUCUUUGGCAGUGGCUCAACGGGGGAGGGUAGCGGCAGGUUGGGCGGCAAAUGGGACGGCAAGUGGGACGGCAAAUGGGAUGGCAAAUGGGAUGGCAAGUGGGACGGCAAGUGGAACUCCAACUGGAACAGCUUUGCACCCCUCGGAGACCCACUUAGAAGCGCGAAGGGUAGAGCGCAACUGGGCACAGAAAACGGGAACCUAACAUCCUUCCUAAAUAAUAUCUGGUAUGACAAUGGGCAGAGUGGCUCAAGUGUACCGUGCGGCCCAAGCGCUGAUUGCAGUGGUCCCUACAGUAGCUCUUAUAACGACUGGCAUGACGAGGCGCAAACGGGAGGGGCACACCAAUAUAGUAAUUACCCCUACAGUGGGGCAAACAGCCAUGCGGGUAGCGCUAUUGAGAACGGCGACAAAAGGGAUGUGCAAAAUGAAGCGAUGUGUAGCGGGGAAGUGGGAGAGGCCCUCCUCGCCGAAGAGGAGAAGGGGGAUGUCCAAAUGAGCAGAAGCUCCCAUCCAGAUGGAAAUGGAAACGAUUGGCAGUACGGGGAGAAGGAGUGCGAAGAAGUGAACGGAGCAAGCCAGAGUGACGAGAACUUUUAUCUCAGUUUUGACCGCGAGGAGUUGCGCGACGUGGGAGGCGGUAACACGGGAGGGGGCAACACGGGAAGUGGCAACACCCGAAGCGAUAACCCCCGAAGCGAUAACCCCCGAAGCGAUAACCCCCGAAGCGACGACCCGUCCAACUACUGCAAAAACAUGCAGCUCUUCUUCUCCUUCCUAAACACAUACGCAAACAAAAGCUCGCUAAACAUCGACGACUAUAUUGACCAGGAAAACAUGCAGCUGUACGAAGCGCUGAACCCAAAAGUUGAGCAGCAGGCGGACAAGAACCCUUCGGAAUACUCCUUUAUGGAGCUCCUCUCCAAGGAGAAAAACGAGACGCAGCGUGAGCAGUAUGAGCAGUAUGAGCAGUGUGAGCCGUGUGAGCCGUGUGAGCCGUGUGAGCCGUGUGAACCGUGUGAGCAGGAGGUCGAGGGGCAGGCCCCAAAUCAGUUGGGCACAGAAGACGCGCAGGACGAAGCGGGGAGAGAGCUCCACAAGUACAACACCAUGCCCUUCUUGCAGGAAGAUUAUGACCAGAUGGUGCAGUACGACCCCCCCGAUUUCCUCAGCGUGGGGCACGGCAGCUCUAGCUUUUAUGACCGCAUCGACGCGUACGCCGCGGGUGCAAAUAAGAACGGUGGUAGCGCUAAGAGCAGCGGAAAUGGCGGCGGUGGCAGCGGUAGCGGUGGCAGAAGGCUGCGCCAGGAAGAAGGGCUCUCGGAGCAAGGCGAUGAACUUUUGGAUCGGUACCUGAGCGACAUGUACAUUUUUAACGACUACACGGGUGCGAAUAGCUGCAGCAAGCCCAUGUUCAAUUUUGCAGCGAGGAACGAGGGGGGGGAUGCGGAUGAGGAUGCCAGUGGUGAGAAGAUGUGGUGCAGCCCGGAUAGUGCCAACCCGGACUGUGAAAGCAGCGGUAGCAGUGGUAGCAGGGGCAGCAGUGCCAACAGCAGCAACAGCAGCAGCAACAGUAGCAGCACCAGCUGCAGCAGCAGGGAUGCGAACAGCGCCUUCAAGAGCAGCAGCGCGGGAAAAGGCGCGUAG